AUCUCCGACCGAACAAAAGAGUUCCUCGGACACAGUGACGCACUUCUAGGGUUUUGGAUGCAGGUACUUCCGGCCAGUUUCCUUCAGACGCACCAACACCACCAUCGCUAGGUUUCGGAGAAGACAAGGAACAUACAAAGAAGGAGAAGUAGACGACGAUGACGUUGAUUAAUAGGUCGCCGUUCGUCUCUCUCUUGUUCAAAGCCUUCACCUUCAUCCCUCGCCGUCGUCCGGCCGAUGCUACCGUUUUUCUCUCAACCCAUUCUUUUUCCGCCGCCUCCGGGGCUCCACAGAGCAGCUUCAUGGCUGAAUACCUGGUCAGCUCCUGUGGCUUCGAUCCGGAUGAGGCGGCCAAGGCCUCGAAGCUCCUUGGCCGCAUCGAAUCCCGCCAUCAGCCUGACUCCGUCCUUGGCUUCUUCAAAAGCCACGGUUUUGAUAAUGCGCAGAUGAAAAGGGUCCUAUCUGUCAACCCCCGGUGGCUUCUCCUCGACGUGGAGAAGACUCUGGCCCCAAAGUUCCGAGCUUUGCAGGAUCUGGGCUUCUCUUGCUCCGACAUUACCCACCUGGUCAGCUCGAAUAACGCCGUCAUCAACCACAAACUCCAGAAUGUCUUGUCCAAGAUCCAAUUUUGGCAAGGCACCCUCGGGUCCAACGACUUACUGAUGAAGAUUUGCAAGAGAAACAGGUGGUUUCUCUCGUAUAGCCUCGAGAAGAAGAUUCAGCCUAACAUUGAGAUUCUAAGGGAUUGCGGGAUCACGGAUCAGAAGCUCUCAAUGAUCCUACGGAACCGCUCCCUACUCAUGGCCCAUAAGGCUGAAACCCUGAAGGCGUUAAUCAGUCGUGUCGAGGGUUUGGGAGUAGCUCGCACCUCAGGGAUGUUCCUCCAGACCCUGAGUGUGCUCCACUGCAUCUCCGAGAAGAACUUCAAGGCUCACUUGGAGUUCUUCAAGGGUUUCGGGUGGUCCGAGGAUGAUUUCCUUGCUGCAUUCAGAAAGACUCCUACUCUUGUGGCAUGUUCUUUAAAAAGUUUGCAGAGAAAGAUGGAGUUCUUGGUAAAUGAAACCAGAUGCACUCCGUCUUAUCUUGCACCCCGGCCAGGGAUUUUGUUGGUGAGUUUGGAGAAAACGUUGAUUCCAAGAUAUCGGAUAUUGACGGGCCUGAAGUCAAGGGGAGUUCACAUCGGUAACCUCCAAAUGAGCACAUACAUGUUAUGUUCAGAGAAGAAAUUUCUGGAGAAGUUCGUCAUCCGCCACAAGGAGUUUCCAGAACUCAUUGAAUUGUAUAAUGUAGCCCCAAAAGACCAAACUGCUCUUUGAUCCUGCAAGUGCAUAAUGCAUGGUGCAAGAUGGUCCAUAACUAGGGAGCUAAGGAUUGAAGAAGUGUUCUGUUCCGGCUAGGUGAAAUUCUUAGCUGUUUAUCUAAUAAAAUUAUAUUUAGACGUUUGCUAUAUUAAUAAUGAUGUGGCUUGAUGGGAUGUUUUUUCAAUUGUUGGCAAUGAGUAUUAUUAUUUUGCUCUGUGUAUUACAGUCUAUUACUGAUGUUUGGAUGAUAUUUUCCUCUCCUCUUAUGACUUUGUCAUAUUGAGCAUAACAUGUUCUUAUCAAUCCAAAAUACGUACGUUUUAGCUCGGUUUGCAGAGUGUUUGGUGCAAAUGAAGUGAAUUAACAGUGUUCUCAGAAAUUGCCCUUUUAGCAGGUGUUACUGUCCAGAGGUUGGCAUAUGCAGUGUGCUAGUUCAAUUACAAUAGUAAGGCUAUGUUGAACAAAUUGGGAAAGUAAAUAUAAUUCUAGGAGCUACUUUUAUAGGCAAAAUUCAACCAUUGCCCAGUCUUCAGGAAUGAAAGAGAAAUGAGACUCGCUGGCUUCUUGUAAAUCAAUUUCACCCUUCCCAAAAUGUAUUUUGUCCACUGUCAUAUGAUACCAACUUCAACCUUCCCAAAAUGUAUUUUGCCCACAGUCAAACUCGAGUCAAGAUAUUUCUGACAGUUUGAAUCUUUAAUUAUAUUUAUGAUAUGUAGUUAUAGUGGUUUAUGCACUAUGAAAAUCCAAAUUUUCAACUUUUUUUGGCCUUUGCUACUGUAUGUUUCUUUUGCAUCCUGUAUUGGGUAUCUUCUUAUUGUCAAAUCUGUAAGAGCUAUAUGACAAAAAGGUGAUCUGCAAGUCAAGUGCAGGUUGUUUUUAUGUUACAUACUUGAGCUUCAAUGUGACUAUAAAGCAUCUCUAAAUUUAUUGCCUAAUAGCAGCAUGUAAUCUGGAAUUUGAUUCCAGCCCUUAGCUCUCCAGAUUCUUAUUUAUGCUAUUCUGUUGUAGUAUAGCAUGCUAGUCUCAGCCAUAUGUCCGAGUCCUAAUUCUUUGGUAUGUUCCCAUCUUGAGGUUUUGAUGUAUUAUUGUCUCUGGACAAAUUCAUCAAAAUAAUCUUCCCUGAGGUAUUAUUGUAGCAUGGUAAAUGUCAUAUAUCUCUGAGUUCUAAUCUUUUGUUUUGUGCUUUC